AACGAGGACUGCUCGGAAGCAUGGCAGGGCGAGCGAUGGCUGGACGUGAAGACUACUGCUAUGCGUCAAAUACUGGAAAAGCGGAUUCAGCUGGCGAAGCGCAAGGGGUGCGACGGCAUCGAGCCGGACUGUGUGGAUGCAUACACUGGAAACAUCAUGGUUAAACCCAUCAGCCAUUUCACCAUCACGAAAAAUGACCAGUUUAACUUCAACUCGUGGAUUGCGAACACAGUGCACAAGUACGGCAUGUCAGUGGGUCUCAAGAACCCCGGAGCCCUCGCUCCCUCCCACAUGGCGGGCCUGUUUGACUGGGCUCUUGUUGAAGAGUGCAACCAGUACACGGAUUGGAGCGGUGGAGAGUGGUACAGUGGCAAGUAUGGGUGCGACUAUGCCAACGAGUUUAUUCUUCGCAACAAGGCGGUGUUUGUGGCCGAGUAUGUGGAGAGCUGGGGCAAUUCAGCAGGAGUGAAGAAUGGCAUUCGAUUCCCACAGUACCUCACACAGGGUAUGUGUGCUGACAACAAUGCACAUGGCUUCACAACCCGCCUCUACGACCUGAACUUGGGAAACGGGCCAAGUUACUCAUUUGCCAACUGCUUGCAGCACAAGCCUGCAGGAUGCAGCGUGUGGAGGGAGUGUAUCAAGCCCGAGGUGUAUAACCAAUACAAGCAGCAGGGCAUGGCGAGACGGGAUGCUGUAGGCCAAUGUGCCAGGGCUAGGAAAGCUGCGUGCAGGUACACUUAG